GCGGGAGUGGCCGGGAGCGCGCGCGGUGGGCGCGCGGUCCCGACUGAAAGAAGGAGGGGCGGCGGGGUGACUGUGCGGGAGCCGCUGGCAUCGCUAGGGCGAGAGUCGGCGGCCCGGGCCGAGAAGACGGUGCGCAAGAGGCCACAUCGGCCGCCCGGACCCUCCGACGCAGCCCCGGAGCGAGCGGCAGCGGUUCCCGGCGAGGCGAGCAGGCGCUGUCAAGCCCAGCAGGGGAAGAUGUUCAACGUGGAGUCGGUGGAGCGGGUGGAGCUGUGCGAGAGCCUUCUCACUUGGAUCCAGACAUUUAAUGUGGAUGCACCAUGCCAGACUGUGGAAGAUUUAACGAAUGGGGUUGUGAUGGCCCAGGUUCUUCAAAAGAUAGAUCCUGCAUAUUUUGACGAAAAUUGGCUAAACAGAAUAAAAACCGAAGUAGGAGAUAAUUGGAGGCUAAAGAUAAGCAACUUGAAGAAAAUUUUAAAAGGAAUCCUGGAUUAUAAUCAUGAGAUUUUAGGACAGCAGAUCAAUGACUUUACCCUUCCUGAUGUGAACCUUAUUGGGGAGCAUUCUGAUGCUGCAGAGCUUGGAAGGAUGCUUCAGCUCAUUUUGGGCUGUGCUGUGAACUGUGAACAGAAGCAAGAGUACAUCCAAGCCAUUAUGAUGAUGGAGGAAUCUGUUCAGCACGUUGUCAUGACAGCCAUUCAAGAGCUGAUGAGUAAAGAAUCUCCUGUCUCUGCUGGGAAUGAUGCCUAUGUUGACCUUGAUCGCCAGUUGAAGAAAACGUCAGAAGAACUAAAUGAAGCUUUGUCAGCAAAGGAAGAAAUUGCACAAAGAUGCCAUGAACUGGACAUGCAGGUUGCAGCAUUGCAAGAGGAGAAGAGUAGUCUGUUGGCAGAGAAUCAGGUAUUAAUGGAAAGACUUAAUCAGUCUGAUUCUAUAGAAGAUCCUAACAGCCCAGCAGGAAGAAGGCAUCUGCAGCUCCAGACUCAGUUAGAACAGCUCCAAGAAGAAACAUUCAGACUAGAAGCAGCCAAAGAUGAUUAUCGAAUACGCUGUGAAGAGUUAGAAAAGGAAAUCUCUGAGCUUCGGCAGCAGAAUGAUGAACUCACCACUUUGGCAGAUGAAGCUCAGUCUCUAAAAGAUGAAAUCGACGUGCUUAGACAUUCUUCUGAUAAGGUAUCUAAACUAGAAGGCCAAGUGGAAUCCUAUAAAAAGAAGCUAGAAGAUCUUGGUGAUUUGAGGCGGCAGGUCAAACUCUUAGAAGAGAAGAACACUAUGUACAUGCAGAACACUGUCGGUCUAGAGGAGGAGUUAAGAAAAGCCAACGCAGCUCGAAGCCAACUUGAGACAUACAAGAGACAGGUAGUAGAACUACAGAAUAGAUUAUCUGAAGAAUCCAAGAAAGCAGAUAAGUUAGAUUUUGAAUAUAAGCGGCUAAAAGAAAAAGUUGACAGUCUUCAAAAAGAAAAGGAUAGGUUAAGAACAGAAAGGGAUUCUCUGAAGGAAACCAUUGAAGAGCUUCGAUGUGUACAGGCUCAAGAAGGGCAGCUCACGACUCAAGGGUUAAUGCCUCUAGGAAGUCAGGAGUCUUCAGAUAGUCUCGCAGCAGAGAUUGUUACACCAGAAAUCAGGGAGAAACUUAUCCGUCUUCAGCAUGAGAAUAAGAUGUUAAAACUUAACCAAGAGGGUUCAGACAAUGAAAAAAUUGCCUUGUUGCAGAGUCUUCUAGAUGAUGCAAAUCUACGCAAGAAUGAACUGGAAACAGAGAAUAGGCUGGUGAAUCAGAGACUUCUGGAAGUACAGUCACAAGUUGAAGAAUUGCAAAAAUCUUUACAGGAUCAAGGCUCGAAAGCAGAAGAUUCAGUUCUUCUAAAAAAGAAGCUUGAAGAACAUCUAGAGAAGCUUCAUGAAGCCAAUAAUGAAUUGCAGAAGAAGAGAGCUAUUAUUGAAGAUCUUGAACCAAGAUUUAAUAAUAGCUCCUUAAAAAUUGAAGAAUUACAGGAAGCUUUAAGGAAGAAAGAAGAGGAAAUGAAGCAAAUGGAAGAACGAUAUAAAAAAUACUUAGAGAAAGCCAAAAGUGUUAUCCGCACUUUAGAUCCUAAACAGAAUCAAGGAGCCGCACCAGAAAUACAGGCUCUUAAAAAUCAGCUCCAGGAACGGGACCGACUGUUCCAUUCAUUAGAGAAAGAAUAUGAGAAAACGAAGAGUCAAAGAGAGAUGGAGGAGAAGUGUAUUGUUAGUGCCUGGUACAAUAUGGGAAUGAAUCUACAUAAAAAGGCGGCUGAAGACAGACUUGCCAGUACAGGGUCAGGGCAGUCAUUUCUGGCCAGGCAGAGACAAGCCACCAGCACGAGAAGGUCUUACCCCGGCCAUGUCCAGCCAGCCACAGCAAGGUAGACGGUCUUGCCAUCAGAAUAAACACACCCUGCAUUCAAAACAUACUUCUGUUACAUAUAACAUUUCAGGAAAUUCAGCCAGCUAAUUUUUUGUCUCUAUUUUAUGUUAAUAUUUAGUUGUUUCUCAGUUGAGGACUUUCUCUCCUGUAUCUAUGUUUUAGUUUCUUGGUCCUUUAUUUUGUAGUCCUUUCAGUUCCUUUUAGCGUGCCAAAAAUUUUCUAAAUGCCCAAUUAAAAGUGUUGUAUACUAGUGUAGUACUUUUCUUUGUAUGAAAAUGUCCUUUCUUCAAUGGUGUAGGCUUUGUAAUGAAUUAGAUUUUCUGCCAAUAAUUGAUACAGUUUAUAUUCUUUAUUGUGCCUCUGUGUCAUCAUGCUUUAUAAGAAUGUCUUUGUUUAAAGGGAAUUAAUCUUUUUAUGAUGUAUUAAUCUGUAUUUUUGAUUGUUUUCCAAAUGCACUUCAAGUAACUUGCAUAUUUACUAUAUAAAAUGGUUGGCAAGUGCACUUUUUGCAAAGAUGACGACGGUGGCAGAGGUACUCAUCAGGUCUCACCUAAGGCACCACGUCAAAGUAUUUAAAAGGAGAAAUGAGUUUUCACAUUCUUUUGUAGGAAAUUAAAUUUGUCCAAAGAUUUGGAAACUAUUUUUAAAACAUUAAACACAAAAUUUCAUUAUUUCCCACUAUCUUGUUUGCUGGCAGAAGUGAAUGCAUUGGUUGAGUUACUUGGGAAUUACAGAAAAAAAAAAUCAGGCAGUGCAGCAAUUUUCCAUAUUUUUUUAUAUCACAGUAACUGAAGAUCAAAUUCUAGCAAUACAGCUGACAUUUAUAGUUUCAAUUGCCUUCCACAACUCAGAGAUUUAUUUUUCAUAUACUUACAAGUCAUAGGUAGUCUUACUUUUGGGGCAGUUUCCAUGUUGAUUGCUACUCUUCUGGCUUACUUAUUCCUCAGCAAACACUCUUCUUUCUCAGUAAUUCCUUCAUAUCAGGCAUUAAGAUCAGUAAGUGACUUCUUGUAUGUGAUGUUAGUUUUUUUCUUAAUUCUGUGUGCUAGUCCAAUAAUUUGCUACUGAAUAGAUUCUCUUGAGUAUUUGGUUGACUCAAACUGCUUAAGACUUGUUGAUAGAUUGUAAACCAUGUUUAUUUACAUUAAUGAAUGGCUAAUAAUAAUUGUAAAGCACUUUGACUGCAUGAGGUGCUAUUUAAGUGCAAAAAACUCAUUUGAAAAUGAAAUGCCUCUGCCUGACUUUCCAUACUGACUGAAGUGUUUGUUCCCAAAUUAUAUUUAAGUUCCUCUCCAGCCUUUUUCUUAACACCAUGUCCUAUUUUUUUUUAAAGCAAAAAGUUACUAUAAUUAGAUUGGUUGGUUGGUUUUGGCUAUAGGUAGGUCACCUAGUAAGAUUUUAUUUCAUGUACUUGCUAUUUGGAAGUUCAGGUUUCAUUUAGUUCUGUAUAUUAAACACAAACGAGGAACUUUAAAUCAAGCUAAAUGCAAUUACGAAUUUUCAGAGACUGUUUCCAAGUGUUUGAUUUUAAAUCAUUACUACCUUUUUAAUAAGAAAAUUGACCUAAAAAUUAGUGUCAUUUGUCCUCAGAAACUGUACUUGAAGAAAGGUAAAAGAAUAUACACAGAAAAGACUCCAUGCAUUGUGCCAAUUUUUUACAUUAAGUUCAGAAGUUUGAGCGCAGUGUGAAUGCUUCUGCCUGGUAAGACUGUAGUGCGGGAAGAAUUAGUUGUGAUGGAGAGAACCACAUAGUAGAACAUGUUAUGGGGUUUCAGGAGGCUAAGCAGACCUAAUGAACAUAUGCAGUUUUGGUAGUAAGUGAGUAGACUAUUUAAGAUAGUUCUUCCCUCUACCCCAUUAUUUCACAAAUAGCAUAAAGAUUCAACUGUUUUAAAACAGGAUGUGAACGCUAACCUUGGUCAAAUUAAUACUGGAAAAUUAAACCCACAGAAUAAGAUGGAUGAAAGCAAAAGCCUGUGAACUAUUUAUUAAAUGGAUCUACCCCACCCCAUGAGAUGAGAGGUUUGACUUGCAGCUCACUGUAUACUGCCCCGGGGCUGCCCUCCUACUCUGACCCCCACCCCUACCUAGACACAUGUUUCUAGGAAUAGGAGGGGAGGGUGCCAAGCUUUUAGAGAAAGUUUUACUUCUUAGUCCUCUUCAGCAUCUGUUGCAUUCUAUUAUUUUUUGUUUACAAAAAAUAGUAACUUUUAUUCUGCUGUACCUUCUUCAAAGUUUAGAUAUAUUACUUCGAUUGCACAGAAGAAAUUACAUUUCUAAACAUUCUAUGAUUUUUUUUUUUUAAAGCAGGAAUAAAACUUCACUGUAACAGUGACAACUCUUGUUUCCCUUAACACAGCUUUGGACAGAAUUUAUACGUUUCUAUUUCUCCAGUAAUGAUUAGUAAUCUCUCAUGAGGUUAUUAUGAUGCAUAGUCUGUCCGGAAUUUAAAAUACACUGGGUGCUUUACGGAGGUGUGAAUUGUGCUGUCAUGCAUAUUCACAAGUUCCUUGUACACAGUGGUUUCCUGGAGACACAGUUCUCCAGAAAGGUGCAGCUUGUCCUGGUCUUGGUGUUAGCGUCCUUAGGCUGGGAUAAGCUGCUACCCUGGCAUCCAGAUUCUUACAAACAAGAAGCUUAUUUUCUGCUUUCCUUCUCACCAGAGAAAGAAAAUAUAAUGUAAGUAACUAAAGAAUAUUCAAGUAUAACAUUUAUGUUUCACGCUGUAUAUUUAAGAAGUUUGUAAUGGGGAAAACCAGAUAUUGUAGUUUAUCGCAUCUCAGAAGAGAAUAAAUACCACAAUUGUAAAUAUCUUAAAAGAACUUGCCACAACUCAAUCAUAUCUUUCUAUCAUUUGUCUAAUUACUUGAUAAUAACCAAGAGAAAAAAGACCCUAAAUGAAGGACUCGAGUUCCAAAAUUAAUCAAGAUUGAAUUAUUUCUACUUGAUAGCCCUAGUCUGGUAAAACUGGCUUAACAAGAAGGCUAAAUUAUAUUAAGGAUAAUAUUGUCAUCUGUAAUUUUGUUGAGGUUUAAUUGUUUUGUUCAUAUAAUGAAAAGCUCAGUUGCACAAAAUUAAACUGAAUGUUGUCCAGUCAGAAACCUAAGACUAUCUAUUUCAUUAGUUUUCACAAAGGUGUGAAAAUCUGUGCUGUGGAAAUUGGUCAGCAGUAGGUGAUAGUCAAGUGAGGAAGAUGAGUUAGGCUGAAGAAUAGGUGCAUUUCAUUUACAAGCUACUUUACUCACUGCUCCUUUUCAGAAGCAGUUUUGUAACUAAUGAUAUGAAAUAUUAAGUGUCUCUUGCACUUGGACAGGCAUUCAUCUUUUGAAAAUAACACCAUGCUAAAAACCUGAAAGUCAUUUCCUAAUGUAAGAAUUGUCUUGAAACAAAAAUCUAAAUUUUAAAAAUUACUUUAACUCGGUGUUUAAUCUUCAACUGUCCAGAUCUCAAGACUUCAGGAAUGUUGGAAUUAUCCCCACCAGAACCUGCGAUUUAUCUGAGAAAACACCCACCCCCCAGCUGGUGCACACCUAGCUAGUUUACAGCCCCACGGAUGAAAAUGCUCUGAUCCUAAAGUCAGAAAGUGCUUGUUUGGUAUCUUGCUUUUCACUAAAGGCAAAAUAACAGCAUUAGGAAAAAAUGCUUUUUAUUGUCUAUCCACUAAACUAUGGAAGAAUAUUUUAACUUAUUAUCCAUUUAUUCUGAAGGGAGUCUUUGCCAAGAGGUGGCUGUUGAAUUGAUGUAGGACUGUACUUAGCAGUGAAGCCACUGCGGUACUCCAUAGUUGGAUGAAGGCAUGUCCUGAACCAAGAAAAUGGAGUAUCAGAAUCCUUGAAAAUAAUUUUAACAUGUUUUCUAUUCUUCCCUUUUUACAAAUUAAAAGGGUUUUCCAUUCAGUAGUGAUAAUCUUUUUCCUACCAUCCCAGCUGUCAAAAUGGCUGCCGAGGUCAAUGGUUUUACAACUCGGUUUCCUUACAUUUAGAAAGCGGUUUCAGAGUUUAUUCUUUGUAACUCUAAUGAUUCAAAUAUUUUAUACCAUGAAGUUUUUAUGUGAGGAAGGCUAUUCUCAAUGUAUCUAUCAUCUAGUUUUUUACUUUCUAUAAAGCAUAUUUAAAUAAUAA